CUCUGUGACAGCAAUGAAUUCACUGUUCUGGGAGAUAUCCACAAGUGUGGCCUGACUGACACUGAGACAUGCCUCAAGGGUAUAGCCAUCAGCCUAAGUGGAGGACAAACUAACAUUGUGAUCCAGCCUUCUGGCAGCGUAUUUGUGAAUAUGAUCUACACUCAGCUGCCGUUCUCUGCAGCAAAUGUCACCAUCUUCAGACCAUCGUCCUUCUUCAUCAUGCUGCAAACAGCCUUCGGUCUUCAGCUACAGGUUCAGCUCGUGCCUCUCAUGCAACUUUUUAUAGACUUAGACCCAUCAUAUAAAGGGCAGACCUGUGGUCUCUGUGGAAAUUUCAAUGACAUACAGACAGAUGAUUUCAAAACCACCAGUGGUGUAAUAGAGGGUACUUCAGCUGCCUUUGGCAAUACUUGGAAAACUCGGGCUGACUGUCCUGAUGCCAAAAAUACUUUUGAGAACCCCUGCACUGUCAGUAUACAAAAUGACCAGUAUGCUCAGCACUGGUGUGGACUGCUCUCUGAUACCAUGGGACCUUUUGCUGAAUGUCAUUCAACAGUGAAUCCAGAAGUUUAUCAGAAGAACUGCAUGUUUGACACGUGUAACUGUGAGAAGAGUGAGGACUGCAUGUGUGCUGCCCUUUCCAGCUAUGUCAGGGCCUGUGCUUCUAAAGGAGUUCUCCUCACUGGAUGGAGGAGCAAAGCCUGCACAAAAUACACCAGCCUGUGUCCGAAAUCGUUGAAGUACACUUACAAUGUUGAUUCCUGUCAACCCACCUGCCGGUCUCUGAGUGAGCCUGAUGUCACAUGCAGCAUCAAGUUUGUCCCAGUUGAUGGCUGCACCUGCAUAAAUGGAACCUACAUGGAUGAAAAUGGCAAAUGCGUGCCUGCUUCUACAUGUCCUUGUUACUACAAAGGAAUGCCUCUCUCUUCUGGAGAAGUUAUUCAUGAUAAUGGUGUUGUCUGCACUUGCACCUACGGAAAGCUGAGCUGCAUUGGAGAGAAACCUGAACCAGUUUGUGUACCUCCCAUGGUCUAUAUUGACUGUGGCAAUGCCACUGCAGAUGUGGUAGGUGCAGGAUGCCAGAAGAGCUGUCAGACUCUAGAUAUGGAAUGUUACAAAACCCACUGUAUUUCUGGAUGUGUAUGUCCUCAUAGCCAAGUGUUAGAUGGCAAAGGUGGCUGUAUAGCUCCAGAAGACUGCCCAUGUGUUCACAAUGGGAAUUUCUACAGUCCAGGAGAAUCGAUCAGAGUUGGUUGCAACAACUGCACAUGUAGAAACCGAAAAUGGCACUGCUCUGAGGAACCUUGCCUGGAAACCUGUUCUGUUUAUGGAGAUGGGCAUUACACCACUUUUGAUGGCAAACGCUUUGAUUUUGAAGGAGACUGUGAAUAUGUUCUGGUCCAGAACUACUGUGGUCAACAAGGUAUGAAUCAGGGAACUUUCAGAGUCAUCACUGAGAACAUUCCAUGUGGCACUACAGGAACCACCUGUUCUAAGUCUAUUAAAGUUUUCAUGGGGAAUUAUGAGCUGGUACUCAGUGAUGGACACUCUGAUGUCAUCCAGAGGACACCUGGAGGAAAAAUGCCAUUCCAAAUUCGUUCCAUGGGCAUCUACCUAGUGGUUGACACUGCUGUUGGCCUGAUACUCAUGUGGGACAAGAAAACCAGUAUGUUCAUCAAACUUAGUCCCAGCUUUCAGGGACACAUCUGUGGACUUUGUGGAAACUAUGAUGGUAAUGGAAAUAAUGACUUCACUACUCGCAGUCAAUCUGUGGUAGGAAAUGUGCUAGAGUUUGCCAACAGUUGGAAAGUGUCUUCCAGUUGCCCAAAUGCCAAUCGUACCAAGGAUCCAUGCACUGCAAACCCAUACAGAAAAGCCUGGGCACAGAAGCAAUGCAGCAUCAUUACCAGUGAAGUGUUUGCAAAGUGUCAUUCCCAGGUUGAACCAAAUGAAUAUUACCAAGCAUGCGUGGAUGAUGCUUGUGCCUGUGACACUGGAGGAGACUGUGAAUGUUUCUGUACAGCAGUAGCUGCCUAUGCUCAAGCAUGCAAUGAGCUGGAUAUCUGCAUUUCAUGGAGAACCCCAUCCAUUUGUCCUCUGUUCUGCGAUUACUACAAUCCACAAGGGGAAUGUGAGUGGCACUACAAGCCAUGUGGAGCCCCUUGCAUGAAGACCUGCAAUAAUCCAAGCGGAAGGUGCCUUCAUGAAUUGAGAGGUUUGGAAGGCUGCUAUCCACACUGUCCAAAGGAUAAGCCCUAUUUUGAUGAAGGAACCAUGACCUGUGUUUCUAAUUGUGGUUGUUAUGAAAAUGGAAAAAAUUACAAACCAGGAAUGCAGAUGCCUUCAAAGCAGAACUGUCAAUCAUGCGAAUGCACAAAUCAUGGCAAAACAUGCAAAUAUGAUGAACAUGAAUGUGUCUGCAUUUAUGAGGGAAAGAUAUACAAUUAUGAAGAUGUGGUCUACAAUACUACAGAUGGCACAGGAGGGUGUAUUGUCGCAACCUGUGGCCCCAAUGGAACACUUCAAAGAGUAGUCUAUGAAUGUCCAAUCUCAACAACACCCACAACAGCAACGACAUUUCACUUCAGCACUACACCACCCGUCACUACUUCCACAGUGUCACCAACUACAUCAGUAUGUGUUCAUGAAGUCUGUGAGUGGUCAGAAUGGUAUGAUGGGAGUCUGCAAACCCCUGGCUAUGAUGGUGGAGAUUUUGAAACCUUUGAUGAUUUGAGAGCUAAGGGUUAUGCAGUCUGUAAAGCUCCACGGGCUGUUCAAUGCAGAGCAGAGAAAUUCCCUAAUAUACCACUGAAAGACCUUGGCCAAAAAGUAGAAUGCAGUACAACGACUGGGCUUAUAUGUUACAACAAAGACCAAAUUUCAACCAUGUGCAACAACUAUGAAAUCAGAAUCUUAUGCUGUGUUUUUGUACCAUGCUCUUCCACAACAAAGUUUAGCACACCAACACCAACCUCAACAGAACCUAAGAGCACAGAAACAUCAACUCAAACUGAAGAAACAACAUCAUUUUCAACUACUACAUCACAAGUUACCACAACUCCUGAAAGUACAACAUUCACAACUUCAGGUAUAACAGAAACAACCACAAGCACGACCGAAAUGACGACAAGCGUUACCACUUCUCCUUCAACACUACCGCAUUGCAUGAAAGAAGAAUGUUCCUGGACAAUGUGGUAUGAUGUCAGCUAUCCAGGGUCCGGAUACGAUGAUGGAGAUUUUGACACAAUUCAGAACAUCAAAAAAAAGGGAUACAAAAUUUGUGAUAACAGAAAGGCUGUUGAAUGCAGAGCA